AUGCGCGGGCUUUCUUCAGGCCGGUCGAUCUUUGAUUCCCCGAUCGCGUUUGGCUAUGGGUUGAUUGCGUCGCUGUUGGUGGUGGUGCCUGGGGCUGUGGCGGGCGGCGACAGCGGCGACCUGGCGAAUAGUCGGACUGGGUAUACUUAUGGGCAGCCGAUGCCGGUGACGUGCUUGAAUCGAACGAUUGACUCCGGCGAACAUAUAACAGACGACCUCGGCAAACUCCAAUACAUCCCCUUCCCCACCUGCAGCGAGACCUUCCUCCCCCUCGCCCUCCGCUACGGCGUCACCGAAACCAUCAACUGCACCAUCGACCCCGUCCCCGACGAACUCUACCACCUCCUCGAGUACUACGUGCACUCCGACGUCCCAAUGGCCUGUCGCGUGCCCACCGCGCCGCUCAUCACACCCCACCGCGGGCCCUCCCCAGGCCGCACCGGCGACGACGACGAACCCGACGCGUUGAGCGCCCUAGGCCAGUUGAAUGCCGGCGAAGGCGGCUCCGGACCGAGCUACACGCCCAUUACCUUCGGGGUGCAGGGCACGCUGCAGCGCAGCCACCUGCACCUGUGGACAGACAUGAACGUGCUCCUGCACAACAUCGACUCCGUGCACGACGGCAGCAGUGACAAAAAGAAGAAGAAGAAGGAGCACAAGAAGAAGAAAAACAAGAACAAGAACAGACCGGGCUUCGUCGUCGCGGGCACAGCGUACUCCAUCCCGGAGUUCGAGGAAUCGCUGCUCCACGCGGAAAUCCCCGCCGCACCCGCUCAAAAACAGAAGAAAGACAGCAACAGCGACGGCGGUACCGAGAAAGAAGCCGCCGCAGUCGCCGAGAAUGCGCGCGAUCCGUGGACAGCAGGCCACGGGACGAAGGUCGUGCGCGGCGAGCCGCUGACGUUUACGUUCCAUGUGAGCUGGGUUGAGGGCGGGCGCGGGAUCGGGUGGCCGUCUGCGUCGGCGAUUGAGGGCGGCGGGGAGGAGAAGUCGUCUGGGUUCUUUUCGAGGGUGUUCUUUUUUGCGCUGGCGGCGUCUGUGGGUGCGCUGGCGGCGCUGUACUAUGAGCGGAAUGUUGCCCGCCGGAGAGGUGGGUGGCGCGGGGAUGGCAUUUUGGGGGCUAUUCCUGGCCGGGCGAAGUCUGGCUCUGUGGGGAUCACAUAUGGGAAUGCUGGGCGGAUGAAUGGGUAUGGGGGGUAUUCUUCUGCUGGGGUGGGUGUUGGUGGUGUUGGUGGUGGUGCUGGGAGCACGUCGGGUGUUGUUGGGAAUGGAUAUGGGGGGGUGAUGAGUGGGAAGAGAGAUUAA